AGCCUCUCCUUCCUUUUUCUUGGCAGUCGUUCUCGCUCGACACAGUGAAAGAAGGGAGAGAGAAAGAGAGAGAUGAGCGGAGUUUCAACGGCGGCGUACAUAGCUCGUCGGGCUGCCCAGAAGGAGCGGGUUCGGAUCCUCUACCGCCGUGCCCUCAAAGACACUCUCAACUGGGCCGUCCACCGCCACCUCUUCUACCGAGAUGCUGAUGCUCUGCGCGAGAGGUUCGAGACCAACAAGCACGUGGAAGAUCUUGACACAAUCGACAGGCUCAUAACUAAUGCUGAAGCUACCUACAAUAAGUGGCGCCACCCUGACCCUUAUGUUGUUCCCUGGGCUCCUGGUGGUUCAAAGUUUCAUCGGAAUCCGACUCCACCUUCUGGGAUUGAGAUAGUAUAUGACUAUGGCCGAGAAGAUAAUGCCUAGAACGAUGCAUAUUUUUCCUUCCAGUAAAAUAAAGUGGUGGUUCUUUGUGUCACUGGCAGGCAACAAUAAGGUAAGAGAGUUCCAUUCCAAUGAUUGUGAUAAUACCACUCAGAGGAGAGAGAUGUGAAUGGUAGAUCACUCAAGAGAGAGCGAGGAGAAACAAAGAGAAAACUUUUGUAUUCCAUUCCAGGGUUCAGAGGUUCCUUGUUUUCUUAUUGUUUCUAGUUGUACCUCUAUUUAUGUAGUGAAAGAGAUUGUUGCUGGGUUGUGGAAGUAGGCACAUUGCCUAACCAUUUAUCUUUUGGUGUUCUUUAUCUUUCUGUUUAUUCUCUGGGUUUUGCUGAUAUUUUUUAUUUCCCAUUCUAAAUGAGCACAACAAGGCCAAUGUAAACAAUAAGUGGAAGGGCGCACAUAUAUAGAUACACUUUCGAUGAAAUUGGUAAUAUAGGGCUGUUUUCUUAUUCAUUUCUGGUGUCUCUUCUACUAAUGUUUUUCGAGCAUCAAUGAUUGCUGUAACCACCAUUGCAAGAGGUUCUUUAUAUCAUGAAUAUUUCAUUUGACUUUCAUGUAGUCAAAAACCAAUCAGGGUAUCUUAAAAGUUGAUGUGUCUGAAGUUUGAACUUUUAGAGCAGGAGUCUUUAGAUUUAUGUGUCAGUUGGUGGGGUGAUAGGUUUUGAACUCUCAAGGUUUAAUCUGUUUUGGGGAUGGAAGAGGGAGCGAAAACUGUAAGACAAAGUUUGAAGAAACAGUACUCUGGAUGAAAAAGAGAAAGAAACGAUCACUUAAGAUAAGGAUUGAUGGUGUAAUAAUGAUAGUUGGAUUUCUAAUCAACAUGAAUUUAGUUUAUCUUAUUGUGU